UUGUUUUUCUUUCUGAUAUAUCAAGAGAUCGUAACGAAUGACCCCAUCAACCCUGCAAGUUAGCAUACCGUUAGCUCGUGUUUUUAGCACCAACUUGUUCAUGUAGGAAUUGACAGACGGAGGACUGCAGUUUUUGAAGCCGUCAAUAGGAUACUGCUUGAGGAAAGAGUAUAUUGUUUCUUUGGAAUGGCCUCAUGAAACCUGAACACAAAGACAGAAAGGAAUGACUCUUAGAUGGGCUCCAGAUACCUGUGUUCUUAAGAUUAGCCGAGCUGUUAACUUGUGGCAUACACAAGUUCAAAGCCCAGCAUAUUUUCCAUUGUCUCCUUUGCGAACACCUCAUUGCAGGCUCCACGUAAGACAACCUUUUUGUCCCAAGGUUGGCUACCUCAGCUGGAAGCAUGUCCAAACCAAAAAGAGCCAAAGGCAAAAGGGAUGGCUGUGCAGAGCUAGCCAGUUGAGGCAAAGGCUUGCCCUCCACACCAACGCCUACUGUUUGAACAGCUCAGCAUCCCGCUGGUCUGCUCUGACCCAACACAUGUCGCGCAUCAGGAGCACUCUGGACUCUGUCUCCAAAGCAGUGAGCGGGACACACUCUGACCUCAUCUCCAAAAUAGCUAGACUCAAACCUAAUGCCGUUAAGGCAGGGACAGAUGUUGAGAAUAGCCCUGAGGUAGCUCCCCAGGCUCAGGUGAGCCAGGUGAGUUCAACCAUCCCAGAGGCAGCUUCUGACCCAACUGGUACAGCCGUCGGGCCUAGUGCUACUCUUGCAUCUGCCACGUCUCCUCAAGCUACACCUGCCCCUACGACCAUCAACAUUAUUCCUACCUCCACACCUACCUCUAAGGUUGGCCCAGCCAGUGCCACAGGCACCAGUGGGGGUGAGUUCAGGGAGAAGAGACUCAGACGCGUUACGACCACGGUCAAAGCCACUGUCGCCACAAAGGUGGCUCAGGCAAAACCACCAGAGAACGUGUCCAAGAGCACCAUUGUCUCCAAACAGACAGCACCACUCUUCCACCCCAGCUCCCUCUCUGUAAACCUGGACGAGACCUACAAUUACCUCGCUCACCACGUCAAUGCCUACUUUGGGAGCAGCACUAAGGCUGAUGAGAAGAAAGCAGACAGUGAACACAGUGGUGCCAAGUCUUAUCCUUCCAAUCAACCCAGUGACCUCUUGCCUGUGUCAGAAGCGCCUGGUCCAAGUGCGGCAACUUCUCCAAAAAAGGGAAUAGGGCACUACCUGUCCUACUCAGGCCCAACUGUCCAGGCGUUUGUAGGGAAUUACAUUGCUCCCCUGGUUCCUAAAUUUCGGACUGAGGCCAAGAGUGCAGCUGUGGAAAAGGAGAAGCUUUUGCCAGCAGUGGUUCCAGCAAAACAAGAGGAGGUCCUGGUGAAUAAGGAACAGAAGGUGUCUGAGGAGAAAGCUAAGAGACUGCUACUUCAGAGAGAGAAGAUCAUCGCAAGGGUGAGUGUUGACAACAGAACACGGGCCUUGGUCCAUGCUCUACACAGAGCCUCAGAUGUAAGGAUCUACAUCAACAGGGUUGAGGACCUUAGCUACCAUCUCCUGGAGUUCCCUGAGACACGAGGUGUAGCUGUUAAGGAGAAGGUAGUCCAGUGCCUGCUGCGUCUGAGGCAGGCCAGUGACCCGGCUCUGAAGGCAGCAGUCUCGCAGGCCCUCACUCUGGUGGGCUAUAAUAACCCUGUCAACGGCCGCGGCAUACGCAUCCUGUCCAUAGAUGGAGGGGGAACUAGAGGUCUGGUUGCUCUUCAGACUCUGCACAAACUGGAAGCCCUGACAGGCAAACCCAUUUGCCAGCUGUUUGAUUACAUCUGUGGUGUCAGCACAGGUGCCAUCCUGGGCUUCAUGCUGGGUGUGUUCCAGAUCCCUCUGGAUGAGUGUGAUGACCUCUACAGGAAGCUAGGUUCUGAUGUUUUCAAGCAGAACAUUUUUGUGGGCACGGUGAAGAUGGGCUGGAAUCACGCAUUUUACGACAGCGAGACCUGGGAGAACAUCCUCAAAGAGAGAAUGGGCUCAGAUCUCAUGGUGGAGACAUCAAGAAACCCCAACUGCCCAAAGGUGGCAGCGGUGAGCACCAUUGUGAACCGAGGCUCUCUGAAGGCCUUCGUGUUCAGGAACUACAACCUGCAGCCUGGGGUGAGAUCCCACUACCUGGGCGGGUGCCAGCACAAGCUGUGGCAGGCCAUCCGAGCCUCCUCCGCUGCCCCUGGAUACUUCCAGGAGUUUCCCCUGGGCAACGACCUCCACCAGGACGGUGGUCUGCUCAUCAAUAACCCCACAGCGUUGGCCAUUCAUGAAUGUAAGUGCCUGUGGCCCAACACGCCGGUGCAGUGUGUGGUGUCCUUGGGCACGGGCCGCUACGAGACCGCGAGCAAGAACAGCGCCACCAGCACCAGCCUCAAAACCAAGAUCUCCAACGUCAUCAGCAGUGCCACAGACACGGAGGAGGUUCACACCAUGCUGGACGCCCUUCUCCCUCCCAACACCUACUACCGCUUCAACCCCUACAUGAACGAGGAGAUCGCCCUGGACGAGAGACGCCACGAGAAGUUCAACCUGCUGCAGGCCGAGGGUAUGCGCUACCUGGAAAGGAACGAGGAGAAGUUGCAGAAGGCAGCCCGUAUCCUCACCCAGGAGAAGAGCCCCGCCCAGAGGCUGGCAGAGUGGCUGAAGCUCAAGGCAGACAUGUACGAUGGGAUGUCCUCUUUCUCCUCCUCGAAGCUUUGAACACAAGUCAAGCUCUCAUGCUGCACAGUACCUCACACUUGUGGUAAUACCUUUCGAAAGCACAUGGAAAUAAAAUACACCCCUGGAGUGCGGAGAAUGGGUUUUAGUUAGACGUUGAAGAGUGGACAGUUAAAGCUUACCUCACAUCCCUGACCUCUGAUUCAUUCAGAUCAACGACUUUGACACAAAGUUAAUAUUUUUCAAAGGCAUGUUAGGACUUUUUAAUGGCUGUGCUAAAAUGCUUUUCUGUCUGCACUAAGGGGAGAAUUCUCCAUUCGAAGGAUGCAUAUUCCAGGUAAAGUUAACUAUACCCAACAGAAGCUUAUUAUACUCUAAACCAGAGUAGACAAUGUAACAAAACCUAUAGUAGCUGAAGUACAGUGAUUUUGGACAUCUUUGUAAUGUGGGGUUUACCAAAUAAUAAUUUUUAACCUUUUUAUUUUCCUUAAACAAUAAGUGAUAGUAUCUAGUGUGAAUGUGUUUCUCUCUAUCAUACGUCUGAUUCAAUAUACUGUAGAAAUCAUCUCACCUUCACUUGAGUCCAAGCUGGCACCAACCAAAAUACUGUAACAGUGGAAGGUCACUAGCUUGUCAAGUAUACAGACGUACGUGCAUGUGUGUUUCAGAAAAAUGCAACAUGGCUCAAAUUCGGACAGACUGGUCAUUUGACAUUUCUAAAACUUGCACUAUUUACACCGA